AUGGUAUCCGAAUCGUUCGAUCUUUCUACAACUGAUCCAACGAUGAUUACAAAUGGCUCAAAAAAAAGUUAUCAUGUGAAAAAAACAAUUUUUUGGGCAAUCGUAUCUGGAAUAGUUGCAAUAUUUAUUACUUUAUUAGUGUUAACAAUUUAUUUUGGUGUUAAUCAAAAGGUAUCAGCUAGUAAAACAACAGCAACAACAGUAGCAAUAGCAGCAUCUACAACAACAACAACGACGACAACAACAGCAACAGCAACAGCAACAGCAAGUGAACUUAUUGAAACAACAACAUUAGCCCCACCUAUUGAACGAAUACCUACAAAUUUACGACAAGAGGAAUAUCGAUUGACUUUAUUUCCAAAUUUAACUUCCGAAACAUUUACUGGCAUUCUUUUUUACACAUUUACUUGUCUUGAAACAACAAAUGAAGUUUUACUUCAUCAAAAAGAUUUGCUAUUGAAUAAUUCAACAAUAAAAAUUGUUAAUUCAUCAUUAACAGAUUCACCCUUACCAGUAUUAGAUUCUUGGUCAUAUGAUGAGUACAGUGAAUUAAUUCGAUUGAAGUUUUCAUCAUCAUUCAUUCCAAAUCAUAACUAUACACUAUAUUUAACUUUUUCAGCAAAUAUCUCACGUGAAUUACAUGGUCUUUACGUAAGUAAAUACAUCGAUACGAAUGGAAUUACGAAAACAUUUAUGACUUCGCAAAUGGAGCCAACACAUGCACGAACGGUUUUUCCAUGCAUUGAUGAGCCAGCUAGAAAAGCUAUCUUCUAUAUAAGCGUUAUACAUGAUUCUUCAGAACGUGUUUGGUCUAAUGGAGAAAUUCAACGAACAGAAAUAUUAGACAACGGAAAACUUUUAUCACAUUUUACACCAACAUUAAAAAUGUCAACAUUUUUAUUAGCAAUUAUUGUUGCAUCUAAAUCCGAUUUUGAUUGUCGACCGGAAUCAAUCGUUGGAUCAACAAAUAUUUCAUCAAGAGUCUGUGGACGAAUCGAUAUUUUACCACAGUUAGCUUAUGCUGAUGAAAUAGCUUCUAAAUCAUUAGUAUAUUUCAAUGAAUAUUUUGAUAUUCUUUAUCCACUACCAAAAUUAGAACAUUUUGCUGUACCAGAUUUUGGUGCUGGGGCUAUGGAAAACUAUGGAUUGGCAAUUUAUCGAGAGGUUGGUUUGUUUUAUGAUGAAAAUACUGUAUCAGCAUCACGUAAACAAUACAUAACAACAGUAGUUACACAUGAAAUUGCACAUCAAUGGUUUGGAAAUCUUGUCUCACCGGCUUGGUGGGGAGAAUUGUGGUUAAAAGAAGGAUUUGCUAGUUACAUGGAAACAUUAGCAUCUGAUCGACUUGAACCAGCUUGGAUGCAAGAUGAACGAAUUGUCGUUGAAAAAAUCUUUCCAUUUAUGGAUGCAGAUUCAUUGCCAACAUCACGUCCAAUAAGUAUUCAAUCGACAAAUCCAGCUGAUAUAUUUCAAUUAUUUGAUUCAAUAACAUAUGAUAAAGGUGCAACAUUAAUACGUAUGAUGUCGAUGUUUUUAGGUGCACAAGUAUUUCAAAAAGGUAUACAAAAUUAUCUUAAAGCAUUAAGUUAUAGUUCAGCAACACAAGAAGAUUUAUGGCGAUAUUUAAGUCAUGCUGCUGAUAAUAAAAUUGAUGUAGAACAAAUUAUGAAUGGAUGGACAAAACAAGCUGGCUAUCCAAUUGUUGAAAUUAAUCGAGAAUAUGCAAAACAAACUGAACGACAACAAAAAUUGAAUGUUAACAGUUAUAUGGUUAUCAAUCAGAAACCUUUUAGUCUCUUUUCAACAACAGUUAAACGAGAAAAAUGGUGGAUUCCAUUCAAACACUUUGAUCGUUCAUCAGCGAAGACAUCAAGUCGAAAUUCAGUCGUUUGGCUUAAUGAUACUUCAAUGCGUUUACAAAUUUCAACAUCGGAUUCCGAUUGGAUUUUAGCAAAUCCAGAUUAUCUAGGCAUUUAUCGUACAAAAUAUGAUUCUCGAAAUUUUCGAUUGAUAAUAAAUCAAUUAUUAUCUGAUCAUACUCGUAUUCCAACAAUAACACGUGGUGCUUUGAUCGAUGACGUAUUCGCAUUGUCUCGUACAUCACUUGUAAAUACCAGUGAUGCAUAUGAAUUAAUACGUUAUUUAAAAGAUGAAGUUGAAUUUGUGCCAUGGACAGCAGCAUUUUCAGCUAUGAGACUUCAAGAAGACUUGUUAACUGGCCAGGAAAUUCUUCUUGAUGUUCAACAAUAUUUUCUUGAGCUUCUAUUGCCAUUAUAUCAUAAAAUAGGUUGGGAGCCAAUAGAUCAAUCGAAAGAUUGGCUACGAGCAUUAUUACAGCCUAGUGUUUUAUCAGCUGCAUGCCGUUAUGGUCAUCGUGAAUGUGUCGAAGAAGCUCGUAAAGCUUAUCGUCGUUGGCUUUCAAAUCCGGCAUUAAAUCAAAUCCCAGCAACACUUCGAUCGACUGUUUAUUGCACAAUUAUACGAGAGGGUUCUCAAUCAGAAUUUAACUUUUUAUGGGAUCGUCUUAAACAAGAAAAUGUAGCAAGUGAAACAUUAAAUUUAUUAAAUGGUCUUUCUUGCACACAAGAUCCAUCAUUGAUACUUUGGUUUCUUAAUCAACAUUUGAAAAUAAAUCCGAUUAUACGUGAUCAAGACUUAGCUACAUCAAUACAACGUGUUGCUCGAUCGUCACAUGGAAAUCAAAUAGCAUGGAAUUGGAUUCGUGAUAAUUGGGAUCAAUUGUUUUCAAAAUGGGGAAAAUCUGGUUCGAGUUUAUCCGGCAUUAUGGAAGCUGUUUCAAGUCGAUUUAUUAAUAGUCGACAACGUGAUGAAUUUGUUACAUUUGCGAAUUCGAUUAGUGAUAAAGGUACUUCUUAUCGACAAUUUCAACUUUCACUUGAUAAAAUCGAUGCAGCAAUCGAAUGGAAUCGUAUAAAUCUCAAUGGAAUAACAUCGUUUCUUCAUCCAGGCAAUACUGGACCAGAUGCGAAUAGUCAUCGUUUACCAUCACUUGCUAUUCCUAUUCAUUAUAAUCUUUAUGUAAAACCUUAUUUAAAUAUAUCUGACAGUAAUGUUCGUUAUUCAGUAUUUGAAGCCGAUGUUAAUAUAACAAUUAAAAUAAUUCAAGCAACUGAUCGUAUUGUUUUACAUAAACGUUUUAUUGUUGUACGAUAUCCCAUCACACUAUCAAUACCAAGAGUAUCAGUUAUGCGAACAAUAUAUGAUAAUGAACGAGACUUUUUUACAAUUAUUUUCAAUCAAACAUUAUUAAAUAAUACAGAAUUUACACUAAUGAUACCAUAUAUAGGUGAAUUAAGAAAUGAUACAUUCGGUUUCUAUCUUAGUUCAUAUCUACGAUCAACAGAUCAAGUACGACGUUAUUUAGUUGCUUCCCAAAUGGAACCAAUAUCAGCCCGAAGGGCAUUACCAUGUUUUGAUGAACCAGCAUUAAAAGCAACAUAUACAAUUAUUGUUGAACAUGAACAACACUAUCGAGCAUGGAGUAAUAUGCCUAUUGCAUCAACACAAAAUCAAUUAAAUGGUUGGACAAUAACACAAUUUGAAAAAUCUGUACCAAUGAGCUCAUAUCUAUUGGCACUUGUUGUAGCCGAUUUUGAAUGUUUAGUACAAAAUAAUACAGGUCAUUAUAGAAAUAUAACAACAAGUAUUUGUGCACAGCCAGAAAAGAAAAAUGAAUUAUAUUAUGCACUUAAAGUAGCAACAAAAAAUAUCGAAGAUUUCGAAGAACAAUAUAAAGUGAAUUUUCCCAUAUCAAAAGUUGACCAUAUUGCGGUACCAGAUUUUGAUGCAGGUGCCAUGGAAAACUUCGGAUGCAUUAUAUAUCGUGAAACACGACUUUUCUACAAUAACCGUACGUCGACAUCAUCUAAUAAACAAGACGUUGCAUUAGUUAUUGCACAUGAAUUGGCACAUCAAUGGUUUGGUGAUCUUGUAUCACCAUCAUGGUGGGAUGAUUUAUGGUUAAAUGAAGGUUUUGCUAAAUGGAUGGAAUUCGUUUAUACAGACAAAAUCCAUCCAGAAUGGGAUUUAUAUGAGCAAUUUAUUGCUCAACGCUGGUUAGCAGUCAUGCAAAACGAUGCUAUUUCAUUUUCACACCCUGUCAACAUGAAAAUAACGCAAAAUGAACAAUUAACAAGUAUUUUCGAUGCAAUAACCUAUUCGAAAGGUUCAUCAUUAUUACGUAUGAUGAGAAAUUUUAUGGGCAUUGAUACAUUCAAUCGUGGCAUUUCAAAAUAUUUAUCACAACACUUAUUUUCAACAGCAAGACAAAUGGAUUUAUGGAAAGCUUUAGGUGAACAAAUGCAUGAAGAUAAUAUUCAAUUACCAUUCAAUACAAGUCUAAGUGACAUAAUGAGUACAUGGACCAAUCAAAUGGGUUAUCCAUAUGUUGAAAUCAUACGUGAUUAUGAACAUCAAUCAAUCAAAAUAAGUCAAAAACAAUUCUUAUUUGAUUCCGAAGCUCAACCAUCAAAAUCUCCAUAUAAUUACAUAUGGUCAAUACCUUUAAAAAUAAAAUCACCUUCAUCAUUAUCAACAGAUUUAAUAUGGUUUUCAAAAACUACAAUGAGUAUGACAACAAAUGUUCAAUCAAAUGAAUGGAUAUUAGUGAAUCCUGAAUUGUUAGGAUUUUUUCGUGCAAAUUAUGAUAGAGAGAAUUGGAAAAAAAUUAUUCAACAAUUUAAAACUGAUCACCAAAAAUUUUCUAUUGUUGAACGAAGUGGCCUUAUCGAUGAUGCAUUCAAUUUAGCUCGGCCAAAUAUUCUUUCAGCAUCGCUUGUUUUUGAAUUACUUGAAUAUAGUCCUUUAGAAGGUUCAUAUAUUGUUUGGGAACGCAUUCUUUCGGGUCUUCAAUAUAUUGAACAGAUGAUUGCAUCAAGUAGUUCAGGUCUUUAUUUAUAUGAACGUUUUCGUUCCUAUGUAGUUGAUCUUAUAUUACCCAUUUAUAAUAAACUUGGCUGGCAUGAUAAUCAAUUCACUGAUAAAUGGCUUGAUACAUUACAUCGUGAUAUGAUUGUAUCAACAGCAUGUCGAUAUGAUCUUGAUCAUUGUAUAAAACGUGCACAAGAUUUAUUUGAACAAUGGUUUAAUUCACCAUCAAACAAUACGAUUGAACCGAAUCAGAGACGCGUAGUCUAUUGUACAAGUAUACGAUUAGGUGAUCGAGCAAGAUUUCAAUUUCUUCUUCGAGAAUAUCAAGCAUCAAAUGAUCCACAAGAAAAAGCACGUAUACAAGCAGCAUUAACAUGUACACGUGAUAUUGAAUUGAUUCGAUAUUUACUUCAUAUACAUAUAAAUACUGAGCAAAAUAUAAUUCGUCGACAAGAUGUUUUAGGUGGUAUUCGAUUAAUUUGUCGAAAUUUAAUUGCUGAAACGGAAUGUUGGACAUUUGUACGUUCAAGAUGGACACAAUUAUUUCUUGAUUAUGGUGGUUCACUUAGUUUUGCUGAAUUAAUAAAAGAUGUUACAGGAAGAUUUAAUACAUUAUUACAAUUAGAAGAAUUCGAACGAUUUACUGAACAAAUAACGGAUAAAGGCGCAGCUGAAACUGAAUUUAAAUCGUCUAUUGAACGUAUUCGUGCAAAUAUUCAAUGGGUCAGUAAGUCGAAACCAAAUUUAGAAGAAUGGUUUUUAAAUCGAACACUUGCAAUUCGUCUUCCACUUGAUUGGUUUCCAUCAAGAUAUCAAUUGAAUUUUGAUGUUUUUCUUAAAUCAAUCUAUCCAAAUAAUGCAGAACCCAAUACAACAUUUUUAGGUCAUACACGUAUACGUAUACGCUGUGCACGUUCAACAAAUGAACUUCGUAUACAUAUGAAAAAAUUACGUUUAUCCUAUGCAAUAUUAACACGUGUUGGUACAAAAAAUAAUCUUAUUAGUGAUUGGACAUUAGUUACAUCAUCAGAAGUUCUUUUAUGCCGUUUGAGAGAACGUUGUACUAAAGGUGAAGAAUAUGAAUUUGAAGCAGCACACACAGCAGAAUUAGAUAGAGAAAUGGCAGGAUUCUAUUUAAGUAGAUAUAAUGUAACUAAUACAACAACAAACCAAAUUAUUACACAUAACAUCGGCGCAACACAUAUGCAGCCAACUAUUGCACGCCAAGUAUUUCCAUGUUUUGAUGAACCAUUGUUUAAAGCAAAUUUCACAAUAUCUAUAACUUAUGAUCCAAGUUUUACUGUUGUUCGAUCAAACGGUGCAAUGUUGAAUAAUAAUAUACCAGAAGUAUUAUCCAAUGGUCGUUUAUUAGCACGUUUUGAACAAACUCCACCAAUGUCAACAUAUCUUGUUGCAUUUGUUUUAACUGAUUUUCAAUGCAUAACAAAUCUAUCAUUACAUGAUAUUAGUGUUAGUGUGUGUGGACGACAAGAAGCAAUUACUAAAGGUGACGGCGAUUUUGCUUUAGAUGUUGCAGCACAUGUUAUAACGUAUUUUGAACAAUCAUACAAUGUUCCUUAUCCAUUGAGUAAAUGUGAUCAUUUCGCCAUACCAGAUUUUUCAGCUGGUGCUAUGGAAAAUUGGGGUUUGAUAACAUAUCGUGAAACAGCAUUACUUUACAAUAGUGAAACAGGCAAUUUAGCAAAUAAACUUCGUGUUGGUGAAGUUGUUUCACAUGAAAUAGCUCAUCAAUGGUUUGGAAAUAUUGUUACACCAAAAUGGUGGAAUGACAUUUGGUUAAAUGAAGGAUUUGCAUCAUGGGUUGAAGUUAUUGCUCUUAACAACGCAAAUCCAGAAUUUGAGGCACUUGAUGUAUUUGUUACAACAACUGUUCAACGUGCACUUGUUAUGGAUAGUCUUUAUUCAAGCCAUCCAAUAAGCGUUGAAGUAACACAUCCAGAUGAAAUUAAUUCAAUAUUUGAUGCGAUUUCCUAUGAUAAGGGUGCAUCGAUUCUUCGGAUGAUAUAUUCUGUUUUAAAUGAAACAACAUUUUUUCAAGGUAUAAGUAAUUAUUUAGAUUACUUUAAAUAUAAUAAUGCUGUACAAGACGAAUUAUGGGCAUUUCUAACAAAUGUUACAAGUCCAAUUACACUAGGUGGUUAUACAGUAAAACAAAUAAUGGAUACAUGGACAUUACAAGAAGGAUAUCCCGUACUAAUGGUAACACGUAAUUAUAAUGAUAAUACAUUAAUACUUAAACAGAAACGUUUUCUUCUCGAUCCAAAUGCUGUACAUAAUAAAUCUAGUUAUGUAAAUCCAUUCAAACCACUUGAGUUUCAGUGGUAUAUACCGUAUGAUUAUAUGAUAGAUUCAACAUUAUCAACAUUUUACUGGUUAUCACCAAAUAAAACAGUGCAAUUAACAGAUAUUCGACCAUCCAAUGAUUGGAUUUUAUUCAAUACAAAUGAAUUUGGUUUUUAUCGUGUUAAUUAUGACGAUCAAAAUUGGAAAUUAUUAAUAAAUUCUUUAAAAAACAAUGUAUCUGAAAUUCCUAUUGUAUCGCGUGCACAAUUAAUUGAUGAUUCAUUUAGUUUAACACGUUCGGGAGAUUUAAAUGUUACUAUACCAUUAGAUUUAUCUGUAUAUCUAUGUCAUGAAAUAAACUAUAUCCCAUUCUCAGCUUUUUCAACCAAUUUACAAUAUUUAACAGUUAUGUUUGGUCAAAAUGAAAGCAAUAUUGAAUAUCAACAAUUACAAAAAUAUAUUCGUACAAUAGAAGAACCAGCGUAUGUAUUUCUCGGAUGGUCCAUAGCACCAAGUACAUCAGAUUAUUUAUCUCGUCAAUUACGUUCACUUAUUAUUAGUGAUUUAUGUUCAAACGGUCAUGAAGCAUGCAUAAGAGAAGCCAUAUUACAAUAUCAACUAUGGCGUCAGAACCCAACAACACAUCCAAUAAAUCCAGAUUUUCGUACAACUGUCUAUUGUCAAGGUAUUAAAAAUGGUACAGUUGAAGAUUACUUAUAUAUACAAAAUCAAUAUAAACAAACAAAUGAUCAAGUGGAAAAAAAUCGUUUAGGUUUCGCAUUAACAUGUACACGAAACGCAACAUUAUUGGAAAAAUUACUGAAUGAGACAUUAACUAAUGAUUACAUACGCUUGCAAGAUUCAUCAUCAUUUAUUGGUCGCAUUAGCGUACAACCAGGUGGACAAAAAUUAACUUGGCGUUUUAUUAGUCAACGGUGGUCGGAAUUAGUUUCAAAAUUAGGUGGGCUAAGUUUUACAUUAUCAAAUAUUGUUGAAAAUAUAUUACAAUACAUUAAUACACAGUAUGAAUUAGAUAUCGUUCAAAACUUUAUGAUUGAAACAGAAAAUUUAUCAAUAGCUGAACGUGCUUUUCUAUCAUCUGUGGAAAAAAUAAAAGCUAAUAUCCGAUGGAUGGAUACCACAGGAAGAGAUAUCCGUACAUGGCUUUCUACCAAUACGGUGACAUGUUAA